UGUGUUUUGCUAUGUGUUCACAGACUGGUUGAUCGAAUUUAGUGUCUCUCUGCAGCAAGGCCAGGUUCCAAUUAGGCUCAUGCGGCCAAGAGGUGCCUCGGGGACAUGUAGUCAGACACAACUGUCAGAUAGAGUAGUUGUAAAUAUAGAAUUUUUUAAGACAGUUGAUAAAUGGAUUUGUAACAAUACAACAAGAUGUCAAGCACUUCAAAUAAAUUAGAUUUAGGUAUGUAUAGGAAUUCCAAUCAAAAUGCUAAGUGUCUACCAGCAACUCUCUCUCUCUCUCUCUCUCUCUUCUAGUAUUUUAAAGCUUUGUGGAAAAAGGUAUUUCCUUCCUUAUAUAGCACAAACAUUUACUUCCCAUCAGUGAGGUUUUUAUCCUUUUUUUUGGCUAUCUGGCACAAAUCAAAAUGCUAAGUGUCUACCAGCAACUCUCUCUCUCUCUCUCUCUCUCUUCUAGUAUUUUAAAGCUUUGUGGAAAAAGGUAUUUCCUUCCUUAUAUAGCACAAACAUUUACUUCCCAUCAGUGAGGUUUUUAUCCUUUUUUUUGGCUAUCUGGCACAAAUUUCAUAAUCCACCAACAAGGAGGAGAGACUUAAAUCUUCUCUGAUGGAACAACUAAGGAAGGAGCCAUGUCCCUCUGAGACCUCAACCAUCAUCAUCUCUACACCAGAGGCUGCUUCAUGUCCAGAUAAGCCAUCCCAAAGCCCAAAAGAGAUCAAUCUAGAAGAAGAAGAAGAAGAAGAAGAAGAAGAAGAUCAUGAAAAAAAGACAAAGGUAGAUCUCUUAUUUAAUCUGGAGCUCCAUAGUAAGGAUGCUGCUGAUCAUGGAUUCAAUACAGAACUCAAUCUUAUUGAUUGCUUGAACACGGAUUCAUCUCAAACAUCCUCAGAAAUUCCCCAGCCUGCUGAUGCUGAACCACGAGUUUUCUCAUGCAACUAUUGUCAAAGAAAAUUCUAUAGUUCACAGGCACUAGGGGGACACCAAAACGCCCAUAAGAGGGAGAGGACCCUAGCCAAGAGAGGACAAAGGUUAGGUGCACCGAUGGUUGCUGCAGCCACAGCUUUUGGGCAUCCUUACUUCCAUCAUCAGCAUUAUUCUAGCAUGGCAUCUCUUCCUCUCCAUGGUGCUUACAAUAGAUCACUUGGGAUUCAGGUUCACUCGAUGAUCCAUAAGCCUUCUCUCACAACACCUUCUUCUGGGUCUGGAAAUUUGUAUGGGCAUCGCAGCUGGUCAAGACCACCUAUUGACCAACAACCUGCAGUAGGAAGACUAGCAGUGGAGAAUUGUCAUGAAGGUGUAACAGCAGGACCAUUGUCCCGAGGCGGCAUUGGUAGGUUUGACACAGUAAGGAUGAUGAUCAAUUCACAGGCUAAUGAGGGGAUUGGUGGUUUUUGCUGGACAGGUGGGGGUCGCCUGAAGACUAAUCAGGAUGAGUUGCAGAAACUUGACUUGUCUCUCAAGCUCUAAGUAGCCAAUUGUUUUUGUAUUUUUAAUUUUUUAUCUUAUCUUUUAUCUUUGAUUGAGAUUCUGUUUAGUCUUUUUUGGAAUAAUACUGUAAAUUUUGAUCAUAGGAAAGCUAAAGAUUUUUUUUUUCUUUUCUUUUC